GUAACAAGUAGGCUAAAGAGCACGUUUUAAUGUUUCUGUUCAUUCACUCUCAAACGUAGCUCUACAUAAUAAUUAUGUGGACACUACAUAUAUAUAUAACAACAUAUAUUUAUAGCCUUUCUUUGUGUUACAUGUCCUUUGGUAGCUUGAGUUUAUCUUGUGGCUUUUGAUGUGGCCUUUCUUUCGAAGCACGACAUCUGUAAAUAAACAUAGAUCUACCAUUGGGUCAUUGAUAAGUCAUACAUUUGGGAGACGAAUAUUGAAACUGUCGAAUUUGACUGUAAUUUGAGUAUGGACUUCCUGAAGCGGGUUUAUGGAGCAGCCCAAAAUGCUGUUCAGUCAUUCACAAAUCCCUACAAAAUACAGGAAGUCAAUUCCAAGAACUAUGACAAUUCUAGUUUGGUGUGUAAAGAGGAUCUGUUUGCCCUGUACAAGAUGGGAAAAACCUAUGAUGCAAUCGUGCGUUUUCCAGAACAAACUGAUAAAGCUUUCAGCCUUUUCAGACUUGAAAAAGAAAUGGAUGCAUUGUCUCAGUUUACCAAUUUACAAGAGAAAUUAAAUCCUCUGGUAAUGAGUAGCCACUCAGUACUUCAGAAAGACCAACUGCAAGAACUGAUAGACUGCUUAAGAGAAAACCCAACUUGGUCUUGUGCUCACCUUGCUACUCAACUUGGACUGAAAAAUAGUCUCCGUCACCCUUCAGUUCUGUGUUUCAUAAACUCCGCUGAUCCUAAAACUGGCUUGGCACCAAUCCAUUUGGCAGUGAAGAGCAACAUGACAGAUCUUGUCAAAGAAUUGGUGGUGUGUCAGGCUCAAACAUCCCUAAUUGAUGCACUGGGGAACACAGCCUAUCACUAUGCUGCUGUAACAAAUAGGGAUAUUAUUAGGAUACUUGCCACUCGUGAUAUUGCCAAAGUUGUGAACACUUGCAAUGGGGAAGGUGAAACACCAUUACAUAUUGCUGCACUGCACAACAAAGAUGAGUGUUUAGAUGAGCUUUUGAUUCAUGGUGCUGAUCCUAUGCUCACUAAUUCCUACAGGUUCCCAAUACAUUGUGCUACAAAAAAUUCAAAUAUAAAAUGCAUAGAAAUUUUAGUUAAGAGGUGUCCCAACCAGUUGACUAUGCAAGACACAAAGUAUGGUGGUGCUCCUAUUCAUUGGGCUAAAACCAAAGAGACAGUAGCCUUGCUUGCAGACUUGGGGUGCGAUACAAAUGCUCGAAAUUUUUCUGGUGAUACACCUUUGCAUAUUAUGAUACAGAGAAAACGUGUGGAGUGUAUAGUUGAAUUGCUGUCACGUGGGGCAGAUGCUAAUGCUAUUGGUUAUCAAGGAAAUACACUAUUACACUUGGCCCUUCUGACAGAAGAUGUAGAUGUUGUAAGAUCCAUCAUUGUGUUUGGAUGUGACGUGAAUGCUGCUAAUUCAUUUGGAGUUAUGCCUAGACACAUUGCAGCUAACAGUUCAAGCAAAAGCAGGGAUGCCCUGGUAUACUGUCUUCAUAUGGUUGGUGCCCUGCGCUGUAGGGAGGGAAUGCAAGGGUGUUCUGAUGGUUGUAAGUCAGAUGGAAAGAAUGAUGGAAAACCAGAUGGAAAGCCAGCACCACCUCCUGAUGAACCAGUCAUGUUACAUGAAGAGAUGUUAAGAGAUGCAUUGGAAGGAACUGCUUCCUUUAAUGCCUGGCAUACCAGCAUUGAUCUAAAACAGAAAGCUGGACUCAGGGUACUGAGCCUUGAUGGUGGAGGGAUCCGUGGCCUGGUCCUUAUACAAAUACUGCUUGCCAUUGAGCAGGCUGCAGGAAAACCCAUACGUGAGAUGUUUGACUGGUUUGCUGGGACAAGCACAGGGGGAAUACUGGCCUUGGCUAUUUUGCAUGGCAAAACCCUGAGGUAUACAAUGGGACUGUACUUCCGACUUAAGAGUCAAGUAUUUGUUGGAGGAAGGCCGUACAAUUCAGAAAAAUUUGAGAGCUUUCUGAAGCAAGAAUUUGGAGAAAACACAAAAAUGACUGAUGUAACUGAACCCAAAGUUAUGGUCACAGGUGUUUUGGCUGAUCGUCAUCCAGCAGAAUUGCAUCUGUUUAGGAAUUAUGUGUCCCCACGGAAAGCUGCCCAGUCCCCUUCCACAUCCAAACCAACUGUGGACACUAACAAUUUUGAGCCCGUCAAAGGCCCUCAUGAACAGCCAGUAUGGAGAGCAGCCAGGUGCACAGGGGCAGCACCUACCUACUUCCGUGCCAUGGGAAGAUUUUUGGAUGGGGGACUUAUUGCCAACAACCCAACCCUUGAUUUACUGACUGAGAUCUGGGAGUACAAUAUGGCACUUAAAUUUUUAAAUCAGGAAAGUAAAAUGCGCCCCUUAGGUCUUGUGGUCUCUUUAGGCACUGGGCGCAUCCCAGUGACUCCUGUGUCAAACUGUGAUGUUUUCAGACCAGGGGGACCAAUAGAUCUUGUCAAGUUAGGGUUUGGAGCUCAGGCAUUGACUAAUUUGCUGAUAGAUCAGGCCACACAAGCAGAGGGCCGUGUAGUAGAUCGCUGUCGAGCCUGGUGUGCCAUGGUCAACAUCCCAUUCUUUCGCUUCAGCCCUCAGUUGUCAGAUGAUAUUUCUUUGGAUGCCACUGAGGACACCAUUCUUUGUAGAAUGCUGUGGGACACUCAGGUGUAUCUUUAUCAGAAUCGUGAGAAAAUAAAUCACCUAGCAAGAGUGCUUACUUCCCUUGAUGGGGGUAGAAAAAAUGAAGGAAUCAUGGAAUGGAAACAGGCAGUUUGCUGACAGAUUUGUAAAAAACCACAUCAUAAACAUUCUUAUUAUUUCUAAUAAUCGAACAACUGAGUAAAAGUAUAUUGAGUAUAUUGUGAUAAGCAUUCCUAUAAAAUGAAGAAGUGAAUUUUUAUUUCAGAUAUUUCACAUUUACAAAAAUGAAUAUUUUUGCUUAUUUUAUUUAUCAGCCCUCC